AUGUCCGCCUCUUCUUUCGACGAGUACCAGACCCCUCUGGUGUCUCGCUACACCAGUAGCGAGAUGAGGCGAAUCUUCACGCCCCGGCAGCGCGUCUCGACCUGGCGUCAACUCUGGCUCUGGCUCGCCGAGGCUGAGAAGGAGCUCGGCGUCGCGCAAAUCACCGACCAGGCCCUCGACGCCAUCCGCGCAAACCUUGUCGUCAGCGACGCCGCCUUCAAGGUGGCCGCCGACGAGGAGCGCCGUGUCCGGCACGAUGUCAUGGCCCACAUCCACGCCCUCGAAAAGGACGCCCCGGCUGCCGCGGGCGUCAUCCACAUUGGCGCAACCUCAUGUUACGGUGAGAAUCCCGUGGCCAGUCGUGCACACUGGCAGUCGAGGCUAACAGGCGCUCACCAGUAUGUGACGGACAAUGCCGAUCUCAUCUUCCUGCGUGAUGCGCUAGACUUGCUUCUUCCCAAGCUCGCCAGGGUCAUCAGCUCCCUGUCCAAGUUUGCUUGCCAAUACAAGGACUUGCCGACCCUGGGCUUCACGCACUAUCAAGCGGCACAGCCCAUCACCCUCGGACGCCGCGCCGCCCAGUGGCUCCAGGACCUGGUUUUCGAUCUCGACGACAUCGAGUAUGUCAGGGCCGGCCUGCGCUUCCGCGGCGCUCAGGGCACCACCGGCACCCAGGCGUCCUUUAUGGAGAUUUUCCAAAACGACGCCGCAAAGGUCGACAAGCUAAACGAGAUUCUCUGCCAAAAGGCCGGCUUCUCCGGCUGCUACGACAUCUCCACCCAGACCUACACCCGCAAGGUCGACCUGCGAGUAGCCAACGCGCUGUCCGCCUUGGGAGCCACAGCGACGCGCAUUGCCACGGACAUUCGCCAUCUCUGCCACGACAAGCUGCUGGAUGAGCCUCAUGUUGCCGGACAGAUUGGCUCGUCGGCCAUGCCCUUCAAGUCGAACCCCAUGACGGCGGAGCGAAUCUGCAGCCUAGGCCGCAAGCUGAGCAACAUUUCCUCAAACUUCAGCGACACAUUCUCACAGCAAUGGCUGGAGCGUAGCCUCGACGAUAGCGCCAUUCGCCGCAUGGACAUUCCAGAAAUGUUCUUCUUGGCCGACGCCAUUGUCACCAGUCUCGACCAUGUCAGCGACGGCCUGGUUGUCUUCCCCGCCGUCAUCAAUUUGCAGCUUAUGCAGGAGCUGCCGUACAUGGCGACGGAGAAUAUCCUCAUUCGCAUGGUCAACCACGGCGCCUCUAGACAGGUGGCGCACGAGCAGAUCCGGCUUCUCUCGCGCGAGGCGGCCUAUCAUGUCAAGAUGGAGGGCGGCAGCAACGAUCUCAUUGAGCGAAUCAAGAGGACAGAGUUCUUCAAGCCCAUCUGGGGAGAGGUGGACGGCUUGAUGGACCCUAAGCUGUUCAUCGGCCGCUGUGCUGAGCAGGUCGACAAGUAUGCGGGCCCUAAUGGAGUUGUCGACAAGCGGCUGGAAAAGUACAAGCGCCAUAUCGAGUCUACCAAGACGAUUCAGCUCGCCGUAUAG